AAGGCUUUAGAUGCAGCCAAGGAUACAAUCCUGUUAUUAUUGAAAAGCAAGGCUUGGGCAUUACAUUAUGUCAUAUUUUCUCUGUACUGUGUAAUAAGUGCUAGGAUAUUUUAUUUUUCCUCUCUACACAAAAGUCCUAUUACCUUAGAAACUGAAAUAAACACUUUGUAAAAGGAAAGACUGGCCUAUUUCGGGUUUCUGGGUGGAUGUCAGUUUAUUACAAAUGGAUCCAGCUAUGAAUAAACUUUGCAGAUUUGUUCACAUUUGGUCGCUAUUUGGAGCUCAAGUCUCUAACAGAGUUCUUAAAGAUGUGCUACCUACACCCAGCAGGGUGGCUGGACCUUGAAGUGCAGACACAGAGGCUUCUCAGGACUUGGUUAUGUGGUCUCUGAAAUAAGUGUGUAGUGACCCCAGAUAUUAUUAUUUUUUUUUCCUUUGGACUAGUUUACAGGUGGAUCAGUUCCCUGAAUCUAUGCCCCUGUCAUUAAGGAAAUAUUAGUGCUCGACCUAGGGACCAGGGAGCAAGCAGUCAGUCGGGUUUAACACGAAUUGUGGUAAUAUCCAAGCAGUGCUCCAGGUCUGUACUUGGUUACAAUGACCAUGUAACACAAAGCAUUGUACAGUUUGGGGGAGGCAGGGGAAUGAAGUGAGGGUAGGAGGGACGGAGAACAUCUCCAUCUGGCUAUGGGAACUCUCAGUUAGAGCCAGGCCACCCCAGCUUUUUCUCCUGUGCAUACCCUGCGUUGUGUGAUGAGCUUCAGAGCAGUAGCCUCCUGCCCUGUGAUGUGCGUUUCAGCUAUCAGCUGGGUCUGGUGCAUUGGAUCACGGGAUGGAAGGAGAAGCUGUGGCCCAGCUAUGGCUGUGAGGAAGAAGCACCUCUUCCUUGUGGAGGAGAGCGUACCAGGAACAAGAUGUGUGUUGCUACAGCGUGCAAGAUUGCACUGCUCUAUAGAGCCCAGGGGAUUAAUAUCAAAGUGGAUAAUAAUUUCUUUGGUGCAGAGCAAGAUUGAGGGUCUUUGCAGAAAAAAAAAUAUACAGAAGCUGUUACUAAAGCAUUUGUAUGUUCAAAACAGACCAUUCAAUGGAAAACAAACUUUUCCCGACUUGAUCACGUUGCCUGUGAGAUCUGACAUCUCGCUGCCCUGGGCUUAGCCCAGCUCCUUAUGGUAAGCAGCUGUUUAAGCUGUAGGGGAUGGGUCAUCUUAUUGAAAUCCUGCUCCUCUUGGCAUCUGCCCUGGUGACUGCCCUCGGCUGUGCUGCUGCACCCAGCGGGCGAUCCGUCUGGUAAAUGCCAGCUCUCCUGGGGAGACCUUCCUCCCCUCUGCGACAAUUACACUACAAGGGGCAAGGUUAAAACCAAAACCAAGUUUGACACGAGUUGUCAAAGCAACUUAAAGCGCUAUUUCCCGUGGGUUGGUGUCUCCUUUAGGCGGAUGCAAGCAGCUGGGCUUCAGCAGCACAAACACGGGGAAGCGGGGGAACCGCCGAGGAACCUGAAGGCGCCGGGUGCUGCUCGGCUGCCUUUGAGCUCCCGAGGGAUGGGGGCUGGAGCCUCGCCGCUUUUCGAGGCUGUCCCUGGCUGCCCGCACCAGCUCUGCCGUGUGAAGGCUCCCGGCUGUCCCCCAGCCCCUCACCCCUCGCACAUCCAUUUUGGAGGCGGCAGCGCCCGGUACCGGGGCCGGAGGCCGGCCCGCCGCCCGCCCCGCCUCAGCGGCCGUACAAGAUGGCGGCGCCCAGGGGCCGCCGGCUCCUCCGGGGAAGAGGAGGCGCCCGCCGCCCGGUGCCGCACACGCGCAGGCCGUGAUAAAACCCCGCAGUGCCGCUCUGAGUGGGUGAAGGGAAGGGGGAUGAAAAAUGCCCAAGCAGACAGCGGUGACAGUUGCUCUGGCGACCCUGCUGGGUGUUGCGGUGGGGGGCCUGGUUUUGUGGAAAGCAGCCCGGCGCCGGAAAGGAAGAGCGCGCUGUGGGGAUCAGCGAGAGGAAGCGGUUAAAAAGUCGGGAGAUGAGACGCUGAUUAAGGCAGAGGAUAAGGAGGUGCUUUCCAUCUUCACGUCUCCCACCUUCUCCCGGGCAGAGAGGAGCCUUGGUGCGGACAUAGUGAUAGUCUCAGAGCAGGAGGAAUGGGAUCGGGUCGAGCCUUUGCUGAAGAAGGAGCUGGAGAAGUGGCCAGUGCUUGGAAUUGAUUGUGAGUGGGUAUCUGUGGAGGGAAAGGCGAAUCCUGUAUCCCUUCUACAAAUGGCUGCUUCCAGUGGCUUCUGUGUUCUCAUCCGGUUGCCCAGGCUUGUUGCCAGUGGACAGACUGUCCCAAAGACCCUGUUGGACAUCAUGGCAGAUAGUGCUGUAUUGAAAGUAGGGGUAGGAUGCUGGGAAGAUGCUUGCAAGUUACUUCAGGACUAUGGUCUUCCAGUCAAAGGGAGCGUGGAUCUCCGGUAUUUAGCCAUGAGACAGCGGAAGGAUCUACUUCACAACUGCCUUAGCCUUAAGUCUUUAGCUGAAAAAGUCCUGAACUGCCCGCUUGACAAGUCUCCUCAUAUGCGUUGCAGCAACUGGGAGGCAGAAGAACUGACACGACAUCAGGUUCUCUAUGCUGCUAGGGAUGCCCAGAUCUCAGUGGCUCUGUUCCUCCAUUUGCUGGGAUUUGCCUGCCUCCCUGCUAUAUCUGAAGGUGAAAACUCUGCUGCUGCUUGGGAAAAAGUACUGAGUAAAUGCCAGGGCUUGGUGGAUAUCCCAUUUAGAGGAAGGAGGAGUGGCAGCGCAGGAGAGAAGAGUGGAGAGGCACGCUCCCCUCAGAAAAUAAAGAAUCGUAAAUCUUCGGUGAAUGUCCAGUCCUCUGGCAGUCAGCAAGUGAGAGAUCCUCGGAGGCAGAAGAGAAAGCCUCUGGGUGUGGGAUAUUCUGCAAGAAAAUCUCCACUGUAUGACAACUGCUUCCUGCAUGCACCAGAUGGACAGCCCCUGUGCACCUGUGAUCGCAAGAAGGCUCAGUGGUAUCUGGACAAGGGGAUCGGAGACCUAGUUAGCACAGACCCGUUUGUUGUGAAGCUGCGGUUUGAGCCUUCAGGACGUCCCGAGUCUCAAGUCGAUUAUUAUCUGACAGUCAAAGAGAACCUGUGUGUUGUAUGUGGCAAACGGGAGUCCUACAUCCGGAAGAACAUUGUUCCUCACGAAUACCGAAGACACUUCCCCAUCCAGAUGAAGGACCACAACUCCCAUGACGUGCUCCUACUCUGCACGUCCUGCCACGCCGUCUCCAAUUACUACGACAACCACCUCAAGCAGCAGCUGGCCGAGGAGUUCGGUGCCCCCAUUGGCUCUGAGGAGGGCGUGCGUAUGCUGGAGGACCCUCUGCGCAGGCAGGUGCGCUCAGGGGCCCGAGCUCUGCUGAAUGCAGACAGCCUGCCUGAUCCCCGAAGGGCAGAACUUCUGCAAGGCAUCAAGGACUUCUUUAACACAGAAGCAGUGACCCCAGAGAUGCUCCAGGAAGCAGCUGGUCUGGAAACCAGGAUCUGCAAUGAGAGCUACAUGCCGCACGGACUGAAGGUGGUGCAGUGUUUUGCUAAAGGAGGCCUGCGCUCCCUGAUGCAGUUGGAGAGACGCUGGCGGCAGCACUUCUUGGACAGCAUGCAGCCCAAAUACCUCCCAGAGCAGUGGUCAGUGGACCAUAACCACACAAAGCUGAUCCGAAAGUAUGGGGAGGAUCUUCAGAUCGAGCUGUCGUGAGAGUCACUUCCUGGACUCUAGAUAGGAUCUAAUGGACAUACGUAACUGAAGGUGGAAGGACUGUUUUUGUUUCUGUUUCUCCACUAACACCUGAGCCUGGGUUUGUGAACAGGCAGCAGUGGGUCUGCCAGAUUUGGCAUUUAUAAGGAGUUAAAUCCGUUGACUUGAAUUUUAUCAGGUGGUUUGGAAUUUUUAAUCCUAGACUCACUGAUUAGUUCAGUGCAAGAGCGAUACGCUAAGGGAAUUGUCCUUCUCUAGUUGACUAUUGGGAGUUAUUUUCUACCCCCGGGAUGUCUGGUGCCUCCAGGCCAUCUCUUUUAACACAGAGCACAAUAUUUACGCGUUUCCAGGUUUUCUGAGAGAUGUAUAUGUGCACCUUGGCUGCACCUCAAGAAUCUCCUGAUAAAAAUCUUACUUUGCUUUCAGUGCAGUUGUACUCACAUGAGUUCUUCUCAGAGAAGAGUACCCACUAGAGAGAGAUUCCUUGUUUGGAAAUAGCAAAGAAACCUUACUUUUUUUUUUUUUUUUCAGAUUCUGAGCUGUAUCAGCAUUCCAGAUAGGCCUCACUGUCCUGGUGCUUGAGGAAAAGUAGUACUGUUAGGCAGUGUGGAAGCGCCCAUGUCAAGUUUUUUAAACAGCUUCCAGCAGCACAGAGUCUGUUUAAAAAAAAAAAAAAAUAUAUAUAUAUAUAUAUAUAAAAAUAAUAAUUUACCAAUUCUACUUGUUUAUCCUGAGUAGCUCUCAGCAGGUACCUUUUCACAUCAGAGUGAAAUGCGGCCAGGUGUCUUAAAAGGGAUGAGAAGAAACAAAUUUUUAUUGAAAACCAGCAUCUUUUAAGUGGUCAGAUCACGUGUGGCAGGAAACUGGAAAAUCUGGUGUUCUGUUCCUGGAUUUGACGUGUGUGGUGGUGAGCAGGUCAUACUCUCUCCAUGCCUGUCUCUAAAAUGGGACUAAUAAUACUUACCUAUCUCACAAGGGUGUUGUGAGGAUUAAUUAAGAUUUUUGUAAAAUGCUUUAAAAACAUGAGCCAGUGUGUGCUAAUUAUUAUUGUUGUUUUUAAAAUUGUGCUGCUGUCUUGACUUUUCAUAAAUAUACGUGUUUUUUGCCUGGUGUUAGACCCUAGUUAAAAUACAACUUUUAAAAAGUAC